GCAUUUGUCAAUCUUUUUCCUCAUUUUCACUCCAGAAUCUUCUUAUCAACCAUUGCCCAAAAUCUCGUCGACAUAACCGAGAAACUAAGCUUGUCUUCGAACAAGAUGGUGUUGACCACCUCCGAAGGCGAUUCUUUCGAGGUCGACGAAGCAGUGGCUCGCGAAUCCCAGACCAUAGCUGAAAUGCUCGAAGCCGGCUGCGCCGGACCAAUCCCGCUUCAGAACGUCACCAGAAAAAUCCUCGACAAAUUCAUAGACUACUGCAAGACGCACGUCGAAGCUGGUCCGAUUGAAGAGUACGAAGACAAAGAGGGGGAGACGAAACUCGAGAUAUGGGAUGAGGAGUUCUUGAAAGUAGAUCUGGAAACCGUCUUCGAGCUCAUCCUGGCUGCUAACUAUCUAAACAUCCCAGGCCUUAUCGAUCUUACAUGUCAGGCGGUUGCAGAUCACAUUAAAGACAAAACACCAGAAGAGGUUCGUGAGAUCUUCAGCAUCAAGAACGAUUUCACACCUGAAGAAGAAGACGCUGUUCGCAAGGAGAACGUAUGGGCUUUUGAAUGAUUCUAAAAGUAAUAGUUUCUUUAGAUCUGUAUAUUCCUAGUCCAGUGUGCUGUUUACUUUGCCUCUUUAGAGCAACAUUAGUGGUUAGUCUCUCAACAUUUAGCUUGGGUUCACUUACAGCUUCGCAUAACACCAUUAUAGAUUGGUGAAACAUUACUGAUCCCAUCGACGCAUAUUAUUUAGCAAUUUCAUUGCAUAAAUUGAAUGGGUUUUUACUGU